AUGCAGCCCGCGAGAACCCUCCUGGGCCUCUCCAUUGCGUGCUCUCUUGACGCUCUUGACUUUCCGGAGGAACCAGGGCGAUUCAACCCCAAUGAGUUGGUAGUUAAAAGCUUGACAACCAACAAUUGGUUUCCCCAGGUCGAUCCGGUCGAGACACCCAAAGAAGUAGCCGCCAUCCACCGUGAUUCAGACAGCGAAAGGGGUGCCGCCCAAUCAGCCGCCAUCAAAUCAACCAAAACACCCGUCGCGGUUUGCCCUCAACCCAAGAAGGCCAUUCCUGGACAGCAGGCAAAGUUUACGGCGGCCAACCUGUCGGCGCUGAUGCUGAAUUCAUCGGCCCCAACCCUGCCGGAUGAACCAAGCAAGGACGCGAUGACCAAGCCAAGCGUCGUGGUGGUGUCCGUGAAAGACGUGGGACCAGAGGCCGUGGUCCCCGCUGUGAUCAUGGUAAAAGACGUGAUGAGCAUCCCAAUCGCCAGAGCACAACUGGAAAAUAGAAAGAUGCUGCUGGAUGGGGUGUUGAAGAAGGCAAACAAGAGCUGCAAGCCAAGACUGGAGGCUUUGGCAAUGCUAUGGUACAUGGAAAUUUUUUCUUCAUAUUGCUGUGGCACCGCGUUUGCAGUCCGCAUCCUCAACCACUAA